AUGUCCAUCACAAGGUUGGCCGCGUCGUACGUGGACCCCGGCACCGGAGUCCCCCUCCGCCGCGCGAUCCUUUACGUCGUCCUGCUCCUCGGCUCCAACCUCGCCACGUUCCUCCUCUCCUCCCACUAUUCUUCCUGCGCGACGCCUCCGGCCGCCGCGGCGGCGCCGCCGAAAAUGGCUACUCCAACGACCACCACCGUCCCGGAGCAGCCGAUGGACCUCCCGCUGGAGUUCCACGCGUUCGCGGGGCCGCACGCGCUACCGUACGGGCGCAACGCCAACUGGGGCACCGCCGAGCUGCGGCCGCCCGUGGGCCACCCGUGCCUGGCCUUCCCGGACCUGCUCGCCGCCUUCAUGUCGUACCCCGAUUGCUUCGACCUCGCCGGUGGCCCGGAGCGGUACCGCUGGCUCAACGCCACCGGCAAGAAGAGGAACCCGCUCAACUUCUCCAUCGACGAGGUGCUCGCGUCGGCGUCCCCGCCGGGCUCCGUCCGCAUCGGGCUCGACAUCGGCGGCGGCUCCGGCACCUUCGCCGUGCGCAUGCGCGAGCACGGCGUCACCGUGGUGGCCACCAUCGUGAACCUCAACGGCCCCUUCAGCUCCUUCGUGGCCGCACGCGGGAUCGUGCCGCUCUACGUCAGCGUCGCCGCGCGGCUGCCCUUCUUCGACAACACGCUGGACAUCGUGCACUCCAUGCAUGUGCUCAGCGGCUGGAUCCCGCCCGCCGCGCUGCAGUUGGCGCUGUUCGACGUGUACCGGGUGCUCCGGCCCGGCGGGCUGUUCUGGCUGGACCACUUCUUCUGCGGGGAGGCGGAGAUGGCGGCGUACGUGGAUGUAAUAGAGAGCGUCGGGUUCGGCAAGCUGAGGUGGGUGACGGGUAGGAAGCUCGACAAGGGACCGGAGAGGAAGGAGAUGUACCUCUCGGCAUUGCUAGAGAAGCCGCUCAAGAACUCGUGGCGCCAUUAA